AUCGGUCUAAAAAUAAUCAAAUCGAGUGCAUUAAGCUGUGUGCUGAUAACGUUCUCACCUAAUUCAAUCGGCCUUUCAGUCUUUUACUUCGAUCGUCAGCUUACGAUUUACCGGUGAUUUGAAGACGAAGAGAUGCCAGAAAAAUUGGACUAUGUAUCAACUCUAACGCCUGAAAUCAUCGAGAGAGCCGAAAAGGAACUGUCCGAAGAUGAACACCUGCGCACUCAAAGUGUUUUGGCUCUUCGUGAAUGGGCCAAGAAGCAGCCCCACUUACAGGCCAUGCCCUUAGACUCCAAAUUUCUGUUGAAAUAUUUACGCGGCUGCAAGUACAGCAUGGAGAAGACGAAAAAGAAGAUCGACAUGACUUUAACUUUGCGUACCGCUCUGCCGGAAUUUUUCAGCGGAUGGGAUCCAUUGUCUCGUGAAAAUCAAGCGGCUCUAAGUCUGGGAGGUUCUCUUCCCUUGCCCGGUUAUGAUCACCAAGGUCGCAAAGUUGUACUGAUCCGUCCGGGAAGUUACGAUCCAGAUAAAAUCAAGCUGGAGCACAUCCAACGAGCAAGUUUUAUGGUCUGGGAGGUAAUGGGCGAUGAGGACGAGCAGAUGUUUGUUACCGGAAUGAUUUUAAUAUUCGACUUGACCAAUUUUGGCAUGAACCAUUUCACCGCCAUGCCGUUGGCUACAGUCAAAAAGUUAAUGCCUUGUUGGGAGGAUGCAUCUCCCAUCCGUCCGAAGAGCAUGAAUUACAUCCACACGCCUUCCAUCUUUAAUUUGGUCAACAAUUUUAUGAACACUAUCAUGAAAGACAAAAUGAAACAGAGGAUGCGUGUGCACGGCGAUGACAUGGAAUCCCUUUACAAGGAAGUUUCUAAAGAGGUUUUGCCCAAAGAAUACGGUGGCGAUAACAUGUCCCUCGCUGAGCUUACUGUCUAUUGGAAGAAGAAGUGCGAGGAUCGUCGGGAUUUCCUUAUCGCACAAUCCAAAAUGAAAUCGGACGAAUCGAAACGCCCCGGUCGCCCGAAAACUUCUGACGAAUUAUUUGGCAUUGAGGGAUCUUUUCGAAAACUCAACGUUGAUUGAAUAUCUGUUAUUGAUUGGAGAAACAUUUUUGUAUUACCACAGGUAAUUUUUGGGGAUCGCACUAACCCAUGGUGAUUAAAUUGACAUUUUGAUUUCGCUGAUUGCAAUAUUUGUUUUGUUUAAAAAAAAAUAGACCAAUCAGCUUACAGGACAAAAUC